AAAAGUGGUAAUCGAACGCAUUCUCUCCUUCUGUUGUCUGCCAAACCGGAGGCUUGUGGGUCUUGUAGCAGCUCAGCUGGUGAGGCAACACCACACACAGCACAGAAGUAGGCCAAAUGGCAUCCAAACUCACUAAACCUGGGCUCCUGAAGAAUGUAGUGAAGCGGAGCUAUGGGGCACAGGCAGCUGCCCAACAAACCAACUACACCCUGCCACAGCACCAGCCCCAGGUGACUUCCUUGCCCUCCGGAGUGGUUGUUGCAUCACAGGAGAACAACAGCCCUGUUUCUAGGGUAGCUGUGCUCUUUAAGGCUGGCUCACGCUAUGAGGCCCCAAGCCAGGUGGGAGCUUCCCACAUGCUGCGGACAUGUGUAGGUCUCGGCACCAACAACACCACUGCUUUCUCCAUCACUCGCUCACUGCAGCAACUCGGAGGUUCCCUUGAAGCUGAAGGAGGCAGGGAGCACAUCCUCUAUGGCCUGGAGGUGAUCCGGGAUAACCUGGAUGGUGGCCUGGAACUGCUUGGUGAAGUGUCCACCCAGCCUGCCUUCAAGGCUUGGGAGGUGAAGGAAAACCUCAGACGUGUCAAGACUGAACUGGCUUUGAGGGAACCCUCCACCCUGGCACUAGAGAUGCUGCACAAGGCUGCCUUCCGCAACACUGGCUUGGCAAACUCCCUCUUUAUGUCUGAUUUCAAAAUUGGCAAGCUUUCUCCUGAUACGGGGAUGGAAGAUGGCGAACGGUGAUACGUCGUUGCUCCUCAGUGUCAGAGACAGGUGUGACCAACAUGUGCAACUGGGGGCUGGAUGCUAACAGUGUGUACUGGGAGGAAUGCUACUGCACCUCUGAUGGCUGCAAUGGCUCUUCCUCCAUCGCCUCCAGUGGCACAGUGGUGGUGGUGCUGCUGUUCAUCUCAUUUGGGUACCUUGGGCGUCACUGACAUACCUGAUAACCACCCCAUGUACAAACUUCAGAUUCUGCUGCAGCUCAGUGUCCUUUUCUAUUAUAUCGUUGAAUAGGGUUGUCUUAGUGUAGCUCCCUAUUUUAUUGUUAUUGUUUUCCUGAUACUUAUUGUAGGUAGAGUUGAAAUACCAAAUAAUAACUUAAAAUUUUAUUUUUAUCAUAUGAAUCUUAUAAUUCAUCAGAAUAAUAUUUUUUCACAUCAAGCAAGGUGAUAGGAUCAGGUAUCAAAAUGUAUCCAACUAAACAACAGGUGUGCAAGUAAUAAUCUUCAUCUCAGAGUGGAGUUUUUAAGAAAACUUCCUUUCUUCUCAAAGUUGUAUUUGUAACAUUUUUUACCUAGUGAUGAAACAACUGCUGCAGAAAGUGUCCAUAAUACUUCUGUUUGAGUAUUAUUGUCAAAAGUGCAGGUGGUGUAAUUCAGCCAGAAGUGGAGACUGAAUAUGAGCAUCUCGUCUCCAUGGCUGCACAGCCACAAUUUACUUUUGUCUUGCAAGUAGUUGUGGCUAUGGCUAGAUCUGAUACAUGUGUAUCAUGUAUGUAUGUAUAUAUGUGAGAACAUUGUAUUACAUCACAAACAAGUUAUGCUCCCUUUGCAUGUUUGUGGUCUGUACCGCAUACUGUGUUGGCAAAGACUAAUUAGUGCAUUAUUAAAUAUUUUUGCCAUAAAAUGUGCAGUCAUUUUAGUACUAGGACUGAUAUUUAGGAAUGAGCAGUUAAAGUGUGUGUUCAGGAUUCUUUGAUAUAUUUUCUUUAUGCAUUUCAAGCAACAUCUCAACUGAAACUAUCCAUAAUGAAUGAUUACCAUUGGUAGUACAAGUACCAAUAGUACUUUUGGGAAAAAAUUGUCUGUGAAGCAAGACAUUGCAUAGUUUAUGAAUUUCCACAAGACUGAAUGCUACUUACUCCAUUCUCUUUUCCUAAGGAAAUUUGUUCCUGGGCACUGGCCACAACUCAUUAAAUGCUUACAAGUUAAACUUUCUUGCAUUCUUUAGGUGAUUCAUGUCAUAUUUCAUCUGCUUUCUGUAUAAACUGAUAUGUGGUCAGUAGAGCACAAUAAUAUCAACUUUGGCUUGAUUUAGUAGCAUUACUUGUGUACAUGUUUUUGGUUUUGUAAUAUUUAUUUUCAAAUAACUAGGAGAUUAACUUAUGGAUUACUUAGGAUAGUUUUAAGUAAUAUAUCCUGAUACUAACAUAUAUAAUUUUUUUAUAUUUAACAAAACAAAAUUCUCAGAAAUUUUGAUUAAGCUGUAAAAGUUGAACAGGAAUGUCUGCAUUGUACUUGCUUUAUAUACAAGACAUUCAAAAUUUAGAAUUGUCUGUCAUAUUUUCAUGUUUUAAUGGUAGUGGUGACUGACAUGCAUGUCAUCAUAUGAGAAAAUGCAUCCACCUGUGAGUGGUGGAUGCAGAUGCCAUGAUGAAUCUUGUUGAUGAUCCAGAAUAUUCAUACAUAUUGUCCACAUGCCAGUCUGGUCAGUUGAGGAAGCAAACAAACAAUUGAUUCUGUCAUUAAUGUAGCCUCGAGAUGUUAUUCUUUGAGUAUUGAUACAGUAUUACAAUUUUUCUGUGGUUGAAUAUUGUCAGAAUACGAAUGCAUCUUUAUCAAACGUGGCUUAUGUGUGCUCUUAGUAUUAUCGUGUUAUAACAGGCCGUCCAUGUAGUGUUAAGAAAAGUCUUCUCCCAAAUGCCAGAAGGGAAGAACAUUGAUACAAUGUAACAAACCCGUCCAAUGAAUCUCAAUUUUUACAGAGUGAUAGAUUAGAACUCGACCGUCCAAGGAAUCCUUCCAAUUUAGCUGUAGUUACGUAGUUGUGUAAAUAAUUUUUAAUAAAUAAUAGUCAGA